CCAGCCCCGCCGCCACGCCGGGCCCCCGAGCCGCGGCGGCCCCCGGGCGGGGGCGGGCGGCCCCCUCCCCGCCCCUGCCCCGCAUUGGCUGCGGGCGGCUGACGGGCAGCUGGGGAGGCCCCUGCCAGCCGGCCGCGGAGGGGCAUGCCUGCACUGGGGGUCCGGCCGCGGCGGGGAGCGGGGUGCUGAGCCGAACGGAGCCGCGCCAGUGCCGCCAUGGGGGUAGAGAUCGAGACCAUCUCCCCGGGAGACGGACGGACAUUUCCGAAGAAGGGUCAGACGUGCGUGGUGCACUACACAGGAAUGCUACAGAAUGGAAAGAAGUUUGAUUCCUCCAGAGACAGAAACAAGCCUUUCAGGUUCAAGAUUGGCAGGCAAGAAGUCAUUAAAGGAUUUGAAGAAGGUGUUACACAGAUGAGCUUAGGACAAAGAGCAAAGUUGACCUGCACACCUGAGAUGGCCUAUGGAGCCACAGGCCACCCUGGGGUCAUCCCCCCCAAUGCUACUCUCCUCUUUGAUGUGGAGCUUCUCAGGUUAGAGUGAAUCUUCUCUCGAGGGAGUUGGCUGCAGACAUCUGUUAAUACCCAUCCGUUCUUUCUUGCCUUGCUAGCAGCAGGAGAAAUCUCCACUGGAAUCCCAAUCUUCCCUGCUCAAGCUGUCCUGUCAAUAGCGCCUGCCGUUCGGUUUCUUAUGCCUUCCUUCUCUUUUUUAACUUUGUGGUGUCCGUAUUUGCCUUUUAUUAGAAGCUUUGCAUUGGGAAAAAUGUCUACCGUUGUAACAUUUUCAAGUUGUACAUUUUAUUUAAUUUGCAUGUAAGAAUUCACAGUGAUGAUUGAAAAUAUAUAUAAAAUAUAAAUAUAUAUAUAUUCCUUAUUGAAAAACCACUGCCUUACUGUACACUUAAACCAAGGAAAAAAAAAAAAAACACAAAAGGUGCUCAAAACAAAAAAAUCCAAUGUACGCCUUGUACAUGAACGGGCAUUAGCCAAACCGAGUUACCUGCGCUGCCACUUUUCUCAACUUGUAUGUUCUGCUUGCUGCUGUUUUAAAAAAUACUGUCUCAUUUAAGACUUAAAAGUAAGUAUAUAUAUGUAAAACAAUAAAAUCUCAAUACUUUACA